GGGUUCCCGCACGCACGCACACACGGUACCACCCAAAAUAUAGUGGUUUUACAUCGGAUAUAACUGAUAUACGUGACGAUAAUGAUUCAACUACCACCCACAUUUAUGAUUGUCAGUGGCGUCUGAAGAAUUGUAUCGUCCUGUAUAAUUAUCACUGAUUUGGCGCCCGCCGCAGAAAUUACGAUUUUAUACAAGCUCAACAAAGAGAUUGAUUUAUUGCUCUUUACUCGUCUCAUUGAAAGUAGAGAUUCUUCUUAACACCGCCAAGCUCUACAGCAGUUCAAGAUGUCGGUUCAGCCGAAUUCAAUGCCGAUGACGAUGCAGCCUGGCAGUCAUCUGCAAGCACCCCAGGUCCAGUGGAUGCCUGCUCCGGAUAGGGUGGGGCCAGAAUGCCCUCCUGGUCUCGAAUACCUCACUAACGUAGACCAGAUACUCGUUCACCAACAGGUGGAAUUCUUCGAAGUUUUUACAAGUUGGGAGACGUGUAACCGGUAUCAGGUUAAAAAUAGUCUUGGUCAACAAAUCUACUUCGCAAUGGAAGAAUCGGAGACGUGUCAGAGACAGUGCUGCGGGAAUACGAGAGGUUUUGUGAUGCAUGUUCUUGAUAAUGCUAAUCAGGAAGUGAUGAGAGUAACUCGAGAGUUUAAGUGUUGCGCAGGGUGCUGCUGGUGUGCUAAUAUUGAUUGCUGUGGUAUGGAGAUCACUGUUGAAGCGCCCGUGGGUCAAGUCAUGGGAUAUGUCAGGCAAGCGCAGAGUGGUUGGUAUCCCAACUACAAUAUAUUGGAUGCAUCACGGAGUUGUGUACUCAAGGUUCGAGGCCCAUGCUGUAUCUGUCAGGGAGCGUGUUGUACCUGUGAUCAAGAAUUUAAGGUUUGGGAUGCUAGUAUGACGAGUGAGGUUGGUAAGAUCAGUAAGCAGUGGAGCGGCUUUGUCAAGGAGCUCUACACUAAGGCUGAUAACUUUGGAGUGUCAUUUCCGAUGGACCUUGACGUGAAGAUGAAAGCAGUCAUGCUUGGAGUAGUGUUCCUUAUUGAUUUCAUGUACUUUGAAGAAAACGACAACAACACCAGCUAAAUCAUAUAAAGAGCGUUCAGCUAAAGUUGUUGACGUCAUAUCAGCAUCACCUAACAAACAUGGGCUCUAGAACUUUUCAGCCCGGGAAUAGCAAAUAUUGUAACCUGUUAUGAUAUAACAAUCAUUCCAAUAUUAAUGGACUAAGAUGUGUCAGAACUCAACGGCAAGAAAAAACUCUUUGGGUAAUCGUCUUCUUAUGCUUUCAAAAGAAAGAAUAAUCAAAUGAGCGUAGGUUUUAAAUAGUUCCGAAUUAGUACAGUGCAACCUGUCUAUAAAGACCACCCAAGGGAGACAAGAAAGUGGUCUUUAUAGGCAGAGAGUCUUUAUGUACGGGUUCCUUUAGUACAUGUUUCAAUGAGAAACCAUUUUCAAGGGGAACACAAAAUGUGGUCUUUGUAGACAGGUGGCCUUUCUAUACAUGUGGUCACUAAAGCAGGUUUAACUGUAUUAAAAUUCAAACAAUGUAUUCAAUUGUAUAUUUAUUAAUCAAAGAAAUUGGUAAAGAACAGUUUAUAAGUUUGAUGUGUUAAGGAGAUAUCGUUUGCUUAUGAUGUUAUGAGGGACUUAUAGAUUCGCACGAAGACAAUGUGGAUUGCUACGAUCGACGUCCCUUUAAUGCACUGCCUUGAAUGGACGUCACACGUAUCAGUCCACGCAAAUCUAAAAGUCCCUAUUAUAUUAUAUGAUAAUAGAAGGACCGUACUCGAGUGAUUUUGAGCAUGUGACGAAAUGUACAAGGUCAUAAGUUGGAGCACUGAUGUAACACUGUUAUUUUUGAAUUGGAACACGCAUUGACAUAUACGCUGUUUCUCUUUACCCGGGUUUAUAAAUGGUUACUCCAUAAGAUGUGAAUGUUAUUGCAUCAUGAUUUACGAUCUGCAUUGUGCCCCCAGGAAAUGGAAGUGGAAAUUUUAUUUUUUUAAAGCCCCUUUUCUCAUUAAGUGAUUGUUUUCUUAUCAAAGACACAUUGAUUAAUAGAACCCAUGCCAGUUGACGACAAUUUGAUAUAAAAAUCUUAAUUAAUGAUAAAAAAUGUCUGCAAAAUCUUGUUAUUUUUCAGUUUUUCUUGUACACCACAAAUGACAUAUAUUUUUCAGAAGUGAAUUAAGGAAUGUAUAAUUGAAUUCUAUAUUUAUAUUUAACUGUGAUAUUUAUAAAAAUAUAAGAUUAGUUGAAUGAGUAGUUCUGAUUUACACGAAAGUAUAAGCUCGUUUAUUUGAAAGUACUUUAUCAUGGACUGUGUGUGAUAAAUAUCUCCUUGAAAGUUUUUAUUUGACAAACAAAUGUUAGGAAAUAUGUGAUAGUGAUGUUGCCAUAGUUUGAUUGAAAUGCUAAAGUACAGCCAUCCAAUUAUAAAGCGAUCAAUUCUAUUA